CUCCCGCCGGCAAUUCCCGGAAAAGGAAAAAGCAUGGAUUAGUGUUUGCAACACAAGCCCUGUUGCCUCUCCUACUACGGUACUGUGUUGGGGCUGUAAUCGAUCCGACAUAAUCGCGGCGUAAUUCGGACCAGCACAUGCCUCUGUUGGCCGAUAUAUAUACAUAGUUAAAUCUUCAAAUACAAUCAAAAUUGUAUUUUCUUGCCGCAGCGGCAGAAGCGCCCAGCGGCGGGCUGCUGAAGUGGGGCAAGGGAACAGAUGGCUCGGCCGAGCUGCGCCACAGGUUCCGAAUGAGCAGUGUUGACACCGUUGACACCAGGGCUUCAGGCGGGUAACAAUACCUCAUGUCUCAGUCAUAGCACAGCAAAUAGGUAUCACUACUUUUGUUUUUUUAUACACGCGCGGAAGGAAGGGGUUCGGGGAUAUCUUUAAGUCGGGGCUGCUUUGUAGGGGACUGCGAUGGGAAAACCCACGGCCACUUGAUCCACUCAAAGCCCGCGCAUUCGCCCGCUCCACAUCUCCCCUAAUCCCCCCCUGUUUGCGUUUUCUCGCGGCUGGGUAAACAAUGGUGGACAACCGCUACGCCACGGCGCUGGUGAUCAGCUGCGUGCUGAGCGCCCUGGCCACUGUGUACCUGGCCGUGGCGGUGGGCACGCAGCACUGGUUUCAGUAUUCUAGCCCUGGGGUGCGCGGCGAGGCCAACGUGUCCGACCUGCGCUCCAUGCACGAAGAGUUCAAGGACGGGGAGUUCGACGAGAAGAUGUACAGCGACACGCUGUUCCGCCUGAACGGGUCUCUGGGCCUCUGGUGGCGAUGCGUCCUGGUGCCGGAGGGCGCCCACUGGCACAAGGAGCCGCAAGAUAUUAAGCUGGUGAUGGAGUGUCGGAGCUUCACGUUGGCUCAGCAGUUCACCCCCAAGUACAAAGAGCCCGGGAACCACAACAGCGGCGAGGACAUGUUGCGCACCUACCUAUGGAGGUGCCAGUUCCUGUUGCCUCUGGUGUCCCAUGGCCUGGUGGUCAUGGCCGCUUUAAUCGGGUGCUGUGCUUGUCUGUGUCGAAGCAUCUCCCCCACCCUCGGUUUAGGGGUGCUCCACCUCUUGGCCGGCCUGUGCACCCUGGCCACGGUGUGCUGCUUCCUGGCCGGCAUGGACCUGCUGCACCGGGUGUCGGUGCUUCCGGACGGCGUGGACGGCUCGCUGGGCUGGUCCCUCUACCUGGCGCUCGUCUCCUCCCCGCUGCACAUGAUGGCCGCCGCCCUCCUCAUCUGGGCGGCGCGCAGCCACGGUCAGAACUACUACCGCAUGACGGCCUACCGCGUGGCGUGAACACCCCCCCCUUCCCCCCCCCGUGAAGACCUCCAGGGGGGACCUCACUUUGUUUUGUAAUUAUUAUUCUUGGUAUAUUAUUUGUAUUGUUAUUCUGGGUAUUUUGAGCGCUGUUUUGGACCUUGUUUACGGUCCUAUGCUAAUUCGGAGCUAGCUAGAUUAGCUUUAUCGAGGUAGCUUCUGGUGUGCUAAAGCAAGUGGGCAGUAUAGUUGUUAGAAUAUAUAUAUAUAUAUAUAUAUAUAUAUAUAUAGUAAUUGGACCUACUGGAUUUAGUAUAGGAUUAAUUGUCCUUGCGGGGGAUCUAGAUAUCGAUCUAGUAAGGUAACAUCUAGGGGUGUUCUGGCAAAAAAUAAAAGGAGAUAUUUUUCAUGGGACAUCAGUCUAUCUGGUUUUCAACUUUCAGUACAGCUGUGGUCAAUAUUGGUUUCUACCUCCCCCUUAGUUUUGAUAUUGCUUUUGUAUUAUUGAAUGAUAGGAUGGUAUCGUCUGUUUUGAUAAAGUCGUGAUCUACUAUUAUAUGUUCAGUGAUUCGUUAAUCCCAUUUCAAUUAUUUAAAUAUUUGACUUCUUUCCCGAAAUCUUAAUAACAGUCUUUAUUUAUUCCAAUAAUUUUUGCAUUUUGGUAAAUUGUAUUUGUUUAUUAUUAAUCUUUGUUUUGUAAAAAGGAAUCAUUUAAAUUAUAUAUAUAUAUAUAUAUAUAUAUAUAUAUAUAUAUAUAUAUAUAUAUAUAUAUCCUGGUCUUGUUUUUAUAUAUUUCAGAUUUCAAUUCGAGUGUACUUUUGCAAGCUUUGGAGAAUUUGUAUUUCCUCAAGCGGCAGGUAAUUUUAUGCUCCAUGAAUGUAUUUCAAAGGCUGAAAAAGAUGAAUUACUGUUUGUUGCUCUAUCAUUAAGGUUACUGUACUUUUCUUGGGUUAUAUUGCGGUUAUUGCAGUUAAUUUAAAACACAAAUUAACAAAUGCGUUGUUGAGAAAGUGUUACAUUCACAGGUGCUUAUGGUUGACAUUAAUUAGUUGGAAGCUUGUGAUUGAAAGUAAGUGCUGUGCACGUUUUUAGGUGAAGCAGGAUAAUGCUUUCAGCUAAUGAAACUGAGCACCGUUAGUGCUUCUGACAACAUGCUAUGAGUUGGGAUGAAUCAGUUGUCAAUGAAAUAUAAAUAGCUUGUAGUAUAAACUGCAUACUCCCCUUUAAAGGAAUGAGUGGCAUUCUGACUUCAGGCAAAUCGUUGAACUUGGCUUCAGUGUGCCAUAGAUGUCGGGCAAAUUUGACAGAAAUAUUUUUGGAAAUGUGCAAUUGAUAGUUUCCCCUUCUGAGCUUGUGCGUGCGUGUGCAUGUAUGUGUGAGCAGAUUGAACACACUGCGAUGCUGUUUCAAUAAAAAAAAACGUAAAGAUUACAACACCAAA